AUGUCUGGAUGCCAAGUGAGCCGUUCCAACACCUGCAGCUGCUUGAACCAUCCCAAAAAUGUGUCCUUUCUGGCCCAGACUCCAGGCUGGUCCCACAGCCCUAGCGUGACCAGGGGUAACAACCUCAAGCGCUCUCGUACACCGAGUGGCUUGGAGGCAAGCAGCAGCCCUUCAGAGCAGUCUGACCACGCCGGCUCCCCCAGACUUCCAGCGAGGAGAAUCUGCAUGGGCCAGCCCUACAACUCCAAGUGCGUGGAGACGAGCCACUUGGCAACGUGCCCCGAGGUGGCUAGAAAGCCCACUUGUCGUGGUAGACCCUACUGCCUGCUCUGUACAGAUCGACCCUCGGGUCCCUCUAGCCCCACCUUCCUGGACCAGCUCAUCAAAGGCAUCAACUACCUCAACAGAUCCACCAGUGCCUUCUAUACCAACUGCUCUAAAUCAUCCCUAAGCCUGCCGAGGCUUGCAGCCAACUACCUGGAACGCGCCGCCAACUCCACCCAACUGGACCACCCGGACCACUCUUUCCCCCGUAGUUACUCCAACCCCAGCACCCGAGUGGCUGCCUUCGACGACUCCUGUGCCAGCACCCGCAUGGUGCCAUCCCGCAGGGGUGCGCAUGCUUUGCAGUGCGUAGAUGACUCCGUCGACACGAGCUGCCCUCGCGCGCUUCAUAGCAGGAAACUCGCUCCCACGCUGCCGCAGAGGCCGGGGAUAAGGCUGCCUGAACUUCCUCUGUUCAGCAACAGGAUCUUUUCCCUAGGUCAUCUGCCCAAGUUCUGGGAAGCAAUCCGCUCGGGCUGGAGAGCCCCCGAGCCCAUCUCUAAGCCCUGUAGCUGGUGGUGA